AUGGAAGGCAAGGAAAGCUGGGGCUUGCGAGACCGCUUCCUAUCAUGGUACAAUGAUACCACCUACAUCCGUUCUGAGGAACAAAUUGAACGUGAAGAAUAUCUAUUUGGUGUCCUAGGGCUCAAAUCUGGACCCAAGUUCAAUCUGCAACUGUCUGUGGGCUCUCUGUAUGCAUGGUCAAAUUUCAAUACGCCCCUCGACAAUCUCAUGUUUGGUGCGGCCAACUUCAAGGCAAAUCCUACAUUGGCUCAAGGUCCAAAUGUGUUUUACGUCGCGGUUGGUUUCUUUGGUCUCAGUGCAGCUACAUUGGGUCCAUGGCUUGAACGAAAUGGACCUGUUAAAGGAUUGUUACUCGGUGUUUCGCUCUUUACUCUCGGUCAUAUCAUCACUGCCGUCGGCUGCUAUACAACCAUCUACGCUUUAGUAUUCUUGGGAUACGGAGUCAUAGGAGGAAUUGGCUUUGGCUUGACUUACAUCUCUCCCGUAUCACCACUCCAAAAAUGGUUUCCUGACUUCCGAGGUCUUGCAUCUGGAUUUGCAGUUGCUGGAUUUGGUGGUGGAACUUUGAUCGCUUCCUACUUCAUCUCGUACUUGAUUACUGCUCUUGGUGUUGGACACACUUUCCUCAUUAUCGGACUUACAUAUGCUGGAAUCAUGUAUCUCUGUAUACCAAUCUUCCGUGUUCCACCACCUGGGUACACUGUCAAAUCUAUGGCUGUCGAUAUGAUCAAGGGCACAGAAGUACUUGGCGCUCCUCCACCAGCAAAUGAGACUCAAACAUUUGUUGUCGAAGAUGAAAAGCAACAAGCCGAUUACAAGGAUCUCUUCAACCGUCGUGACUUGCUUCAACUUAUAACAUCAGUCGACUUUAUCAUGAUGUACUUGAUGAUGAUGGGUAAUUCAAUCACUGGACUAUUGAUCAUUUCUCGUCUCAGUAAUAUGGUUCAACAGUUGUUUGGAAAGUCCGUUGCUGAAGGAACUACUAUGGUUGCCAUCAACUCUCUAUGUAACAUGGCAGGUCGUAUUAUCUUCUCGUCAAUGAGUGAUUUUGUCGGAAGACGACCCAUGUUUGUCUUUACAUUGACAGUACAAGUUGCUUGUAUUUAUGGUAUACUUGCCGCAGCUCAUCAAGGAGUCUACAGUGCUUUCCUCUUCUGUAUCUUCUUUGCUGGAAUGUGUUAUGGCGCUGGAUUUGGGCUUAUACCUGCCUUCCUUGCCGACAUGUUUGGCGCCAAGAUGACUGGUGCUACCCAUGGAUUCAUACUUACUGCUUGGUCAUUCGACGGUGUCGUAGGCGGAUUAGUCUUUACGGCGGUCUAUAAUUCGAAGCUUGUCAAGGUUCCAGGCUCAACUACACUCAUCGACCCAUCUUCAUACGAUGUCGACUUUUACUGGGUCUCUGCUAUCGUCAUCCUAGCCUGGAUAAUAACUGCCUUCUUUAUACGAACGGAUCUUAAAGCCAGAUUCUUACCAUACCGCCAUGGAGAACUCCUUCGAUCAAGGCUCUUUGGCUCUCUCUUCUUGAUUGGUACAUUCGGUGUCCACAGGAUGACUGCCAAAGAAGAAGAGAUGGAAUGGGCUGAUUACAUGGCAAAAGCCCAGCGCGGCGAAGUUGUAGUUGGUAAAUUAUUCAAUGGUGGUCGUCCAAAAGGAGUCACUGCUGGAUCAGUAUAA